UAAAGUGGUUCAAUAAAUCGUUUCUCCUGAUUUACUGAAUGUUACAGACUGUGGUCGCCAUGACAACACAAUCAUGGCUGUGAAAAAUAAAUCUGCUCAGGAUUUUAACAGAAGUAACUGAUCACAUUAAAGCUCUGCAUGAAAUCUGGAUUCUCACCGGAUCCAGAUUAAAAUUCAGGAACAUUUAUUAAUCCCAACCAGAGAUUAAACCUGAUGGAGUUACGCGACUACAAACUGAGCUCUGAUUGGCUGGCUGACAUUCAGGGGGCAGAGCUUCAGCAUCCUGGGUCUGAUUCUGGUUCUGGGCUGAAGCUGAGGGACAGAAACAGAUAAUCUCUGAAGACAUAACUGCUCCUGAUCCAGUCCAGAACCGGUCCAGAUACAUUUUAGAACCGGUCCUGAUUUGGUUCAGAUCCAGUCCAGGACCGGGGAUUAGCUCCUCCCCUAUCACCUCUCCUCCUCCCCAGGUGGCUGCAGGAAGCUCCGCCCCUCUGAUCCUCUCUGAGCUGCUGACACACACACACUCUCUGUGUCUCUCUCUCUCUCCGACUCUCUCGCCCCGGUCCGGUCCGGACCGGUCAGCAUGCUGGUUCUGCUGGCAGCCGGUUCUGUUUUCUUCCCGGGAAUCUUCCUGGGAUCAAAGCAAAUCCUGGAGCGGCUCAUGGGAUGGAGUGAGGCGGACGCCGUGGUGAUCUCAGCACGUCUGGUGUCGUCUCUCCAGGCCGUCAUGGCGUCCUCGGCCGGAUGGACCAUCGUCUCGUCCUGCAGGGACGUCCUGAAGGACAGACACUGGCUGGCCGACGCCUACAUCCUGUUCGCCACGCCCUAUUUCUGCUACGACCUCCUGGCCAUGUUCCUGUGCUACUGGUUCAGGCUGCGGGUCAAAGGUCACCAGAAGGCGGGGCCUGACGGCAGCUCGGUGCGCGCCGCCGUGUUGGGAUUCCUGCGCCGGGAGGUUCUGAUGGUUCUGCAUCACGUCUUUAUGGUGGCCUUCUGCUGCCCCGCUUCUCUGGUGUGGCGCCGGGGGCGGGGUGAUUACUUCCAGGGCCUUCUGUUCCUGGCUGAGCUCAGCACGCCGUCUGUCUGUCUGGGGAAAGUUCUGAUCCAGUUCCAGAAGCAGGACUGGCUGCUGCAUCGGAUCAACGGCGCCGCCAUGCUGCUCAUCUUCUUCUGCUGCAGAGUUCUGCUCUUCCCCUACCUGUACUACUCCUACAGCAGGUAA